CUUUAACUUCACAGUGGAUCCCUAUGUGAGUUGUUGCUGCCUUUGCUUUUCACCCGUGAGAAAAAUGUUAUCCGCUACUCGGCGUCGCAGUUGUGGCCACUAAUUCCACCCCGAGAACGAAACGACAACUCAUUUCAGUGAGCCGAACAUUUGUAAAGACUGGGAAAGGUUGUGUUAGCCAUGAUCUGAGGCAUUAAGGUCUGCAUUUUCUCUGUGGACGUGGACUUACCCUCACACAUGCUGCGCUCACACACAUCAGUCAUGUCUCAAUCUGAAUCUUUUGCGAAUGUGUGGGACUGGCUCUGUGUACUUCGUCUGGAGCAGUAUUCAGACGCAUUUCGGAGCGCCGGACUGGCAACAUUACGGCAAUGCCGCAACCUCACGCCAGAUCAGCUGGACCAGAUGGGCAUCACCCUGCCAGGUCACCAGAGACGUAUCCUGGCUAGCCUGAGCAAAACUCAGGGUAAUCGUGACACACAAUCUGAAACACACACUCACCCUCUACAGUCUGAGAGAGAUCAGAGAACAGAAGAAACAGGACAUACUAAAGUGUUGCACAGAGACAGACCUGUGCCUGUACCAGGGGAAGAAAAACCUGUCCUUAAGCAAAGGGAGAAAAGAGAACAAGAGACAUCGAGGCCUACACCCAGAGAAAGAGAGAAACCAGUCCCUAAGGAGAGGCAGGUGUCCAGGAUGAAAGAGGAAAAUGGAGAAGGAGGAGAGAAGAAGCUGGUUCCUGAAGAAAGACAAACAGCACCUAGGCAAAGAAAGGAGGAUAGGGAUGGAGGAGUAGAUGGAGAGCGGGAGAGGCCUGUGCCUAAAGAGAGGACUAAGUUUCGCUCUAAUGCCCCAGCGGACUGUCCCCCCCGCCCCCAUGUUUCUCCAACGUCAGACACCUCUUUGCCCCCCGUUCCUCCACGUAGCACCCCCAACUGCCCUCCACAGCGCUUCACCUCUGCCCUGAGCCCCUCACCUCCUGCACGCACCCCUGGCUCCCCGAAACCAGACAGACAUGCGGUUAAAGCCCCAGCCGAACAAAGUGUGUCCCAGAGUUCAACCCCUCUCAGCACCCCUACCCAUACCCCCACACAAGCUCGGCCACAGACAUUAGCCAUCCAGCCAUCAGCCCAACAUUUGGUUAGUGACGGAGGAAGAAAAAUGUCACCUGUCUCUCCUGUUGCUUCCUUUAGCGAUGACAGAAAUGCUCCACCUCUCCCUCCAAAAGCAGGGGGAGUACCUAAAAGCCUUCCACCAAUCCCACAGCGGUGUCCUGCACAGUCUCCCAGAGCUCACAGCCCCUCUCCCACCAAGGCAGUUGCUGAUGAGACGCAGAAAGACCAAACUCCACAGGUCCCACCUCGCAUCAGGACACCCCAAACUCAAGAGAACACACAACAGUCGACUCAACCUGACACUCAGCCGGCUCUGCCUGCUAGGAAGGUCACCCAACCUCCCAGUAAGUUCAGGCUGGAUUCACUCGAUGAUAAUUCUGAUGACUACGAGGAUCCAGACUUGCUUAACCCCAGCGUUCAUUGUAUGAACACACCAGACAGGGAUAUGUCCCUGCAAGUGCCCGGUCAGGUAAAGCAGCGGUACAGUUCUUUGUGCAGUGAUGAUGAGCUGUUGGACGAUGAUGAUUCUACCCUAUGGCAGGAUGAGGUUCUCCGCAACUCGCAAGGCAGUGUCUACCUGCCAAACUCUGGGAGACUACCUUCAGCCAUUAAAGAAGACAGCUCUCAGCUCACUGCUGUCAUCAAGAUGGGCUGGCUGGACAAGAAUCCACCUCAGGGGGCCCUUUAUUACCAGAGGCGAUGGGUAAAGCUGGAUGUUGACUACCUAAGAUACUUUGACAGUGACAAGGAGAUAUAUUCUAAGGGGACCAUCUCAACAGCCUUCAUCACCAAUGUGAGCAGUGUGGGGGAGCUCAAGUUUGAGGUCGCCACAAACAACCGAACAUUUAUCUUCAGGGCUGAAAGUGAAGCUGAGAGGAACGACUGGGUGACUGUACUACAGGACUGCACCAGGGGGCGCCAUCGGCACAGCACCAUGAACCCCGGUUCCCCUUUGACCCCAGACUAUCAGGGCUAUCUGGAGCUCAAAGGGUUACGCUCCAAACUUUACACCGUUGUCGCCCUAGAUAAGGUCUACCUCUACAAAAACAUAGAGGACUAUCGUAUUGGAGUUGGUAUCACAUCCAUUGAGAUGAAUGUAGGAAAUGUUAAAGACACAGACCGUCGGAGCUUUGAUCUCACCACACCAUAUCGCAUAUUCAGUUUCAUCGCUGAGUCAGAGCAACUGAAAGAGCAGUGGGUGAACGCCAUGCGGAAUGCCAUAGGUGAGGCAUUGUCCAAUAGCGAGGUGGCGGAGCGGAUCUGGGCGGAGCCCAGUAACAGUCUCUGUGCCGACUGUGGGGCUCCCAAGCCGGAAUGGGCAGCCAUCAACUUGUGCGUGGUGGUCUGCAAACGAUGUGCAGGGGAGCACAGAGGACUGGGUCCUAGCAUCUCAAAGGUUCGUAGUCUAAAGAUGGACAGGAAAGUCUGGACAGAAGAGCUUAUACAGGUGUUCCUGUUGCUAGGCAACGAGCGGGUAAACAGUUUCUGGGCAGCUAACGUCCCACCAAGUGAGGCUUUGACACCCUCUAGCUGCACUGAAGAAAGACGGCGCUUCAUCACCAAUAAAUACCGCCAGGGAAAAUACAGAAAGUACCACCCUCUGUACGGAAACCAGAGAGAGCUCGACAAUGCUCUGUGUAUAAAUGUGCAGUGCAGUGAUGUGCUAGAGACAUUGAGCCUGAUCUUCUGCGGUGCAGAUGUAAAUUGUUCAACUGGUAUGCCAAACUGGCCUUCCCCUCUCUCCCUGGCCACUGCACACUCACAACCCUUACAGGCUGAGCUAAUUAGCCACAAUCUCAACACAGAGCUGCCACGAUCAGUGGUGGACAUGGCCAUGGACACUGUACCAUAUGCACCACCACCUUGUGUGUCUUACAAUGGGUUCCUGUUCAAAACUGCAUCCAUGGCUCGGGCUAUCACAGAGCGCAAGACCAGAGAGGAGUUCAGUCGUCGCUGGUGCACGCUAAAUGAUGGCACCUUCAGCUACUAUGAGAGUGACAAGAACUCAAACCCCAACGGAGCUCUGAAGGCUUCAGAGAUAGUCUGCUUGGCUGUUGACACACCUGAAAGACACGGGUAUGAGAACACCUUUGAACUCUAUUCUGAGUCAGAGCGUCUCUAUCUGUUUGGCACUGAUGAUGGGGACAGCCACAAAGAAUGGGUCAAGUCUCUUGCCAAGAGCUUUAUCCCAGCCUCUGCUGAACCUUUGCUGAGGUUGGGUUUUGAGCGGAUUGGGCGGCUGAAGUGUAAAGACGGCUUGAACCUGCAAACAUCCAAGGUUGGUUGGUUUGCGCUGGUGGGCUCCACACUCCAUGCCUACCUGAAUGACAGCAAGGGGGAGGAGAUCCAUCUCCGCAAACUGAAUGAACUCUCCAUCCAACAAGACAAUGAAGUGCUGGUUCUGGUGGAGAAAGGCAGAACUCUGUACAUAGAGGGAGAGAGGAAGUUGGAUUUUGCUGGCUGGUGUGCGGCCAUCCAGACGGCAGCAGGGAGUGGAGGAGACACGCUGAGCCAGCAGCAGCUCACAGAGACAGACAUACCUGUCAUCGUUCACAGCUGCAUCGGCUACAUCACUCAGUGUGGCUUAACAUCUGAGGGAAUUUACCGUAAGAGCGGUGUGAAUUCGCGUGUGGCAGCACUGUGCGAGAGAUUUCGGCAGGAUGCCCGCAGUGUUCGUCUGAGGGAAGGAGAGCACCAGGUGGACGACGUCUCCAACACUCUCAAGCGAUUCUUCAGGGAGUUAGAAGAAGGACUGUUCACGUCAGAGGAUGCCAGGACCUGGCUCAGCACAGCUGCCAUUCAGGAUGAAAGUAAGAAAAUCUCCCAGUACCAGAUGCUGUUGAACAGACUGCCUCGUGUCAACAAGGCUACACUACAAGCCCUUAUCAACCACCUCUAUUGCGUGCAGCGUUUUUCUGAGCUGAACCAGAUGAACCUCCAUAACUUGGCCAUAGUGUUCGGUCCUACACUGUUCCAGACAGAUGGGAAGGACUACACUGCUGGCCGAGCCAUAGAGGACCUCAUACAGCACUACACGCUCAUCUUUGAGGUGGAUGAGCAGCAGCUAAAGAAGCAGCUAGAAGAGAUCACUGUUAUCAUCCAAGUCCGAGAGAAACUCAACACAAAGUUUCCUAGUACUGAACCUGGAGGGCAUUUCAUCUGCACAGUGUACCUGGAGGAAAAGAAGGAAACAGCAGAGCAACAUGUUAAGAUCCCAGGUUCUAUGACAGCAGCAGAGCUGACAUGUGAGGUUCUUGACCGGCGUAACAUUGCAGUUAAAGAUAGAGAGUACUGGAGCUGCUGGGAAGUCAGCGACAAGGAGGAAAUGGAACGUCCACUGCACUAUCAGGAGCGAGUCUUACCCAUCCUUCACUCCUUUGGCACUGACUCCCACCUGCUCAUUAAGAAACACCUCGCUAUGGAGGCGAUGAUCGUCUACCUGACCAGUAAAGUGGACGUAUCCAAACAUGGGAUGAUGAAAUUCAGAGAAGAGCGAAGCAUCCUGGGACUUGGACUGACCUCUGGAAGUUUCCAUGACCGAUAUUUCAUCCUCAAUUCCAGCUCGCUCAGAAUGUACAAGGAAGUCAGAAGUAACCGUCCAGAACGUGAUUGGCCAGUGAAGAAUCUAAGGGUUUACCUAGGUAUCAAGAAAAAGCUCCGUCCUCCCACAUGCUGGGGACUGACAGUGGUGUAUGAGAGUAAGAAACAAGAGAGACCAGAGAAACAGCAGUGGUAUCUCUGCUGUGACACCCAGUCAGAAAUGAGGGAGUGGUACGCUACUUUUCUCAGUAUCCAGUACGACGGCAACGUGUGGCCUCAGGAUGGACUCCAGCAGACACGAGUGAGCCGCGUGUUGCCAGAUACACGUCACGGUAACGUGUCACUGAUACCGCUUCGUGGCAGUGAGAAUGAGAUGCGGAACAGCGUAGCAGCUUUCAGCCAAGACCCGCUUGCUCUCUUUAGAGAUGUUCGAUAAUGGUCGCUGCAAGAAAGGGCGGACUGUUGGCCUCAGCAGAUGAUCUCUGAACAUCCCAAUUGCACCAUCAGUCUGUGGCUCUGCAGACCAGAGUGAUGGACACUCAUACUGUAUCUGGAUUAUGGCCUAACACUGUCAAAUACAAACUGGACCAAAAACUAUACAGACACCAGGAUCACAUGUAAAAUAUAACCUACACUGGUUUCCCUGCAGAAGAAUCUUACCUGACUCUGGGAGCUGGGAGCUGUGGCAUUAAAAUGAAAGAUGGACUACAAUCACCCGUGAUCCCAAAUCACUUGCUACUCAAUGUGGAGCAAUAUACCCAAUGUUGCACCGUUUCUUUUGGUCAGUGGCAUGUGGCUCAAUCACUGCAUUGUAUUAUGGGACAGAGGCAUGAAAGACAUGCUGAGCAAAAACCUUAGUCAGGUUAUUCUCUUUUUUUUAUAGAAAGCAGAUGUUUAUUGACGUGCAGUUGUAGCUGAAUCAGACUUCUAAUGUGUGUUUAUAGCUCUCUUUCUUUUCUAUUGCUCAAUGAAUUGUUGGGAUAAUCCUGCAAUUCAACACAGAAUAAUUGCUAUUAUAAGCAAAGCUGGUGUCAUAGGAGACUGAGACCUGAUUUUUGAUUGGUCUCACUGGAAUUUGUUCCAUAGGGACCAAGACUGGGACUGAAAGUAAGCUGAGAAAUGACAGUUGACAGAUCAAUGUCUGUUACACCACAGGACAUUUGCCAGCAUUGUGCAAAGCCUCUGUCAGAGUCGCAUGUGCUUGUGUCAAGUUGUCUGUAUAUGUGCAGCAGUGUGCAUACACUAUGAGUGAAUAUACAGUAUGUGUGUUUGUGAAACAGGUUUUGUAUCAAAUUGUGUCUUUUGGGAAGUGAAGGACGAGAGAGGAGAGAUGUGCUGGAGAAAAAAACAAACAUUACUUUUUCUUAAGAUUAAAAGAAGAAAGUCACAGACAAGGGCAAAAAUAGUUGGAAUUUGAGAUAAAAUAAGAGAAGUACUUGAUUUAUUAUUGUCCCUUAUUCUGUUUUCAAAUAAACUCGGUGCACCUUAUGUAGGUCACAUUUCAAACCAUGUUUACUCAUUCAAAGUGAUAUUUUUGCCCUGGCCUGAUCGGUAGUUUUGUCUGUCCCAGUGCUCUCUCUUGUGUCCUCACACAGUCCUCAGCACUGCCUCCUCUGUGUAGGUCCUUCUCUAAAACACUGCUAAGAGGCUGUGUACAGCACACGGGCAGUUCUGUUGUUAACCAGCAGUAUUUAUCAAGAUUAAGAUCAUUAAUUACCCAUAUUGGAAUAGACAGAACUUUUAUAAAUGGCAUAGAAUCUUUGCAACAGUGUACUUUCAUAGUUUGUUCAUCUACAUCUUAAAAUAGGACACAGAGGUUCCACUAAAAAGGCUGUGAGUACAAAAAAACAAACAAAAGUGCAUAAUCAUUAUUCUGUGAGUCUUUGUACUUUGGUUUGAACUUGUAUAUAUAUUUUGUCUAAAGGAUUAACCUCUCAACAAUUUCCUUACAGUUGAACAUCAACCAUCCCUCACUACUUUGUAGUGUUGUUGCCACCUGUAGGUUUUCCUUGUUGUAAAGAUAUUUUAUUUAUUUGGACAGCAGAGAACGCUGGAUGCGGCACUGUAGAACCUGUUACUGGUGAGGCACCAUGAUGUUCAGCUAAAUGUUAGUUUAAACACCUUUAAACACAGUACCUGUGAAAAUAUAUAUACAGUACUGUGUGUGUGUGUGUGUGUGUGUGUGUGUGUGUGUGUGUGUGUGUGUGUGUGUGUGUGUGUGUGUGUGUGUAAGAGAGUGUGUGUAUGUGUUGUUUGGUGCCUCAGCAGGAAUCAACAGUGCCUAUAGAGAGUAUCAACCCGCCAUGUACCUCUUUGUGUUUUAUUGUUUUAUAACAUUGAUGUGCUAUAAGGAGUCUUUUGUGACAUCAUCAAAAGAAAUGAAAGCAGAUAUCUACAAAUUGAUCAAAAUCAGACACCAUACUUAAACAUGAUAAUUGUUUGUGUUAGUUUUCACCCCCUUUCAAGUCAAUAAGCUCUCAGGUUGCAUGGAUACUGUGAGUGAGCAGCUUUUAAUGUCCUGUCACAAGAUCCUGAUUGUAAGAUCUGUCUGAUCUGCCGCGUUAGUUUGACCUUCAGGAGCCUUUCAGGGCCGGGUGCAGAGAAACAUCCACAUAACAUGACACUGACACCACCAGGUCUCACUUUGGGGAUGGUGAUGUGCGGCCUGUGUGGUUUAUGACUAUUAUAACUUUUAGUAUAAUUGGCAAAAAGCUCAACUUCCCAUCUUAUUCCACUCUGUUUUUUUGGACACCCACUUGCCUUCUGGCAAAAGUUGUGAGUCGUGAACAACCCUAAAGUGAAGCAGUUGUUGUGUGCACCUUGUCUCCCAUCAUGCAGUACCUGUAGGCCUCCUCUACAACUGUUGUCAGUUGUUCUAAGCAAAUUAACACCUGCUGUGGCAUUUUCUCUCCUUUGUUUUAUGAUGGGAUGGAUAUUACAGCACCUGUAAGGGUAAUUUAGUUCUUUUUAUGCGUCUCUCUCCUGAAUGGUACUUUUCAGCUGACUCACUGUUUUGUUUUUAUGGGAAGUUAAGUUUAGUUUGUAGAGAUCUUUUUAACUUGAUCAAACUAAAAACAUCCUCAGUACGUCACAGCUGUUUCAGUGUUUUAAAACAGUAAAGUAUGAAUGUCCAACAGAAGGUGUUGAAUACUUUAUAUAUGCAGUGUAUAUUCUUUCUCUCUGUUUCUCUUUUCUUAUUCUGUCACUGCAUUUUACUGAUUUUUGCAUCUCUGAAACUCUAAUAAACACAGUCUGCUAGUUGUGUCUA